UCAUCGCCACUCUGCGUUCUCCUCUGUUUCAAAGCUUUGUGUAAAACAAAAACCCCAGCCUCCAUUCUAAAACUAGCCUUUGAAAGAUUAUUAUUAUAAAGAAAAAGACCACUUUCUCUUUCUCUCUCUACAACCCACCAUUUCCAUUUCUUAUAAAUACCCUCCCCUCCAUCAGCACUGCAUUGCCUCCCAUUUGUUCUUCCUCUGUCUCUCUGAAGAAGAAGAGAGAAAAAGGGAAGCUUUCAUUCUCCUUCUUCUUGUUUUUCACUCGAAGCUCUCAAAACCCAUAUCAAUGGUGGUUUUGUCUAAGCCAUCUAUCAAACAGAUGGCUUCUUCCUACAUGAGAAACUCCAUGGCUGCUGCUGGUUCUUCCUCUGCUGCAUUUUUCUCUGGGGUUCCGUUGAUUGACCUUUCUGCACCAGAUGCUAAGCAUCUUAUCGUCAAGGCCUGUGAAGAGCUUGGAUUCUUCAAGGUCGUCAACCAUGGCGUUCCCAUGGAAUUCAUCUCCACUCUUGAAUCAGAAUCCACCAAAUUCUUCUCCCUUCCCCUCUCUGAAAAACAGAGGGCCGGCCCCCCUUCUCCUUUUGGCUAUGGCAAUAAACAAAUUGGCCGCAAUGGCGACGUGGGCUGGGUUGAAUAUCUCCUCUUGAAUACGCACCUUGAGUCCAAAUCUGAUGGGUUCCUCUCCAUUUUUGGCCAAGACCCACAAAAGCUCCGCUCUGCUGUGAACGAUUACAUCUCGGCUGUGAGAAACAUGGCGUGUGAAAUCCUUGAACUAAUGGCGGAAGGUUUGAAGAUUCAGCAGAGGAAUGCGUUCAGCAAGCUGUUGAUGGAUGAAGAGAGCGACUCUGUUUUCAGGGUGAACCAUUACCCGCCAUGUCCAGAGCUUCAUGCUUUGAAAGGGACAAACAUGAUUGGAUUUGGAGAACACACAGACCCACAGAUCAUUUCGGUUUUGAGAUCGAAUAACACUUCAGGACUUCAAAUAUCUCUUGCUGAUGGGAAUUGGAUUUCCGUUCCUCCCGAUCAAAGCUCCUUCUUCAUCAACGUAGGUGACUCUUUACAGGUGAUGACGAAUGGAAGAUUCAAAAGCGUGAAGCACAGAGUAUUGACGAACAGGUUGAAGUCAAGAGUUUCAAUGAUAUACUUCGGGGGGCCGCCGUUGAGUGAAAAGAUAGCGCCGUUGCCUUCGCUCAUGAAAGGAGAAGAAAGUUUGUACAAAGAGUUCACUUGGUUCGAGUACAAAAGAUCAGCUUACAACUCCAGGUUGGCAGAUAACAGGCUUGUGCACUUUGAGAGAAUUGCAGCCUCAUGAUCUAAUCUUUACUCUUUUUUCUUUUUUAUUUUCAAAUAUAGUCCCCUCUCUCUCUCUCCCCCUUUUAGCUUCCAAAA